AUGUUCAUCAUGUUUUACAUCAUCUCACAGACGGAACGCCCCCAAGAUGCCUUCUUUGGCCGCCCGAGCCGGAAAGAAACAUCAUCCCCAGACUGGAUGGUUUUCUUCCACGGAUCAAGGUCAAUCGCGCUGGCGUCAAUGGCAUUACACACCACAACCAGUCUAACCCAUCCAGUGAUUGGAUACACGAUGGGAAUGCUCGCAGACCGUGAGAGAAUAUCAAAGAAGCAAUAUCUCAGCACCUUACUUGCCCGCAUAAGAGAAACCGAAUCGAAUGAACAUUACGAGACGUACCUGCAUGCUGCGGAAGAGCUUGAAGCAACCUUUGCGGUCCUGACCGAGUUCCCGGAGAGCAGAGACAUCUUCCACGGGUUCCUCUGGAUCAGCAACGUGUCAGACCACAGGGGUGAUCUGAUCGCCUUGAUCCAGGGCCAUGAUGCCUCCCAGGAAGCACUGGUCGUGUACACGUACUUUUGCAAAAUAAUCCAAAGGCUUCCGACAAGAUGGUGGUCUGAAAAAUGGGUCCGGGGACUCGAGGAUGGUGCGUUUGUCUCCCUUGAUGAGGAUCAUCGAACCUGGGUCGUUGAACUGCCAAGUUGGACUUGA